CAGUUUAUAGCUGCUAUGACGGCAAUUUGCCUUUUCCUGUGUGGUGGGGGUUGAGCAAGGCAAGGUUGCCGGAAUUUACCACCACCGCUGUGGCGAUGCCGCCGGUGAUGUCCCGAUGCUCGUUCUUCAGCAGCUGGCCCUUUGCAGCACUUAGACGACUGGCAAGAUUUCGAGGCUCGCAUGAUAAUAAAGUUCGCGUAAAAAAAGCCCCCGUUAGUGAUACGGACUAUUUGUAUGUGAUUACUCAAUACUGUAGUGGUGGAUGUGGAAAAGUGACGUUGACCGAAGGAUUCUUCGUCCUUUGGCAAAAAUAUGUAUCAUAAUCUUACUCUUCAUUAAGAAGAAAUAAAAAUAUAUUUAAAAGGAUAAAGAAAUCUUUGGCGUUAUGGAAUCGGAAGGUGAAACUCCAGUAUCGCUGGAACCUGCAUCGUCUAAAACCAGCCCUCCCACUUCAAAAUCUUUAAAUUUCUCAAUUGAUAAAAUAAUGGAACCCGAUAAGCCAUCAAGUAAAACUGUACAAAACUCGGAUGGAUUAACCAACGUUCCGUUAAUUUCAAAUUUCUCGAAUUGUACGAAUUUAGAAUCGGCAUUCAAAAAAUACGUUCCCAGCAUGUUGCAGUCCCAUGAACUAUUUCAACAAUAUCCAUUUAUUUACUACCAUCCGAAUCAGUUAAUGUGCGUUGCGACAAAUUCAGCGGCUUAUUCGUCAGAAACGCCUGUAGCUACCGGUAGUUCCCCGUCGAUUCUUCUUCCACCCAAUUCUAUUUCCAUGAGUCAGCAUUUUGAAAAAAGUAAUAGGUCUUCCGAACUUCCCAAAAAUAAUAUCCAAGUUACGAAACAGAAAAGUUUCGAAUGUGGAGAGUGUGGAAAAGUGUUCAAUGCUCAUUACAAUUUAACCAGACACAUGCCAGUUCAUACUGGUGCUCGACCUUUCGUUUGUAAAAUAUGUGGCAAAGGUUUUCGACAGGCGUCAACGUUGUGUCGUCAUAAAAUAAUUCACACCUCCGAAAAACCUCACAAAUGUCAUACUUGCGGGAAAGCAUUCAAUCGUUCCUCAACUCUAAACACCCACGCUAGGAUCCAUGCCGGUUACAAACCGUUUAUAUGCGAAUUCUGUGGGAAAGGAUUUCACCAGAAAGGGAAUUAUAAGAACCACAAACUAACUCAUAGUGGAGAGAAAGCUUACAAAUGUACCGUUUGUUCGAAAGCUUUUCAUCAAGUUUAUAAUUUAACAUUCCAUAUGCAUACUCAUAACGAUAAAAAACCAUUUACAUGCCGAGUGUGCGGAAAAGGAUUUUGUAGAAACUUUGAUUUGAAAAAGCACAUGAGGAAAUUACAUGAGGGAACUUGUGGCGGAAGUGAUGGAGAUUUCUUGAGUGGAAACAGUCACGGAUCAACCAGUAGCUCUAUUUAUAACGGAGAAAGUGAUCUUCAACAUUUUAUUAGGCCCUUUCUCAUGCCACCUUCUACUUCUAGACCAUCCAUACCCGUGUACGCAAGCAAAUUGUUAUGACAACACGAGGAAAUGUUACAAAAAUCGGACUUAUAUCGUGCAUAAUUAGUUUUAUUAACCAUGCAAUAACACAAUUAAAUAUCUUUUGUGAAAUCGUAGAGCUUCUGAAAUGCCUAAUAAGCGUUGAUCUCUUAAAUGUGCAAUAUUUUCUUAGGUUUACGACGCUAAAAUUGUAUUUUAGA